GGGCGGGGCCUGCGGGGCGGGGCCUGGGCCAAGUGGCCCGCCGGAGGCGGCGGCGGCCCUUCAGUCCGUUGUUCCCCGCCGCCGCCGUCGCUGCCCCAGCCCGGCAGGCGCUCCUGACCAUCGCUUCCCCCGGUCCCAGGUCCCCGACCCUCGCCUCAGCCCCGGCCCCUGGUCCCCAGCCCUCGUCGCAGCCCCGGCCGCCCGCCGCCGCCAUGUCCAAGGAGGGGCGCCCCGGUCCGGAGGAGAUCCUGGAGUGCCAGGUGAUGUGGGAGCCUGACAGUAAGAAGAACACGCAGAUGGACCGCUUCCGGGCGGCUGUGGGCGCCGCCUGCGGCCUGGCGCUGGAGAAUUAUGAUGACUUGUACCAUUGGUCCGUUGAGUCAUAUUCAGACUUCUGGGCAGAGUUCUGGAAAUUCAGUGGAAUUGUCUUCUCACGCGUGUAUGAUGAGGUUGUGGACACAUCGAAAGGAAUCGCAGAUGUCCCCGAGUGGUUCAAAGGCAGUCGGCUCAACUAUGCAGAAAACCUCCUGCGGCACAAAGAGAAUGACAGAGUUGCCCUUUACGUUGCAAGGGAAGGCAAAGAGGAAAUUGUGAAGGUGACUUUUGAAGAGCUGAGGCAAGAAGUGGCUUUGUUUGCAGCAGCAAUGAGGAAAAUGGGUGUGAAGAAAGGAGAUCGGGUCGUUGGUUAUUUACCCAACAGUGAGCACGCUGUCGAGGCGAUGUUGGCUGCAGCAAGCAUUGGCGCCAUCUGGAGCUCCACGUCCCCGGACUUCGGUGUGAAUGGUGUGCUGGACCGGUUUUCUCAAAUUCAGCCAAAGCUCAUCUUCUCUGUGGAGGCUGUUGUCUAUAAUGGCAAAGAGCAUAACCACAUGGAAAAGCUGCAGCAGGUGGUUAAAGGCCUACCAGACUUGAAGAAAGUGGUGGUGAUUCCUUACGUGUCCUCCAGAGAGAACAUAGACCUUUCAAAGAUUCCAAACAGUGUGUUUCUGGAUGACUUUCUUGCCACCGGCACCAGCGAGCAGGCCCCGCAGCUGGAGUUCGAGCAGCUGCCCUUCAGCCACCCACUGUUCAUCAUGUUCUCAUCGGGCACCACGGGUGCACCCAAGUGCAUGGUGCAUUCCGCUGGGGGCACCCUCAUCCAGCAUCUGAAGGAGCACCUGCUGCACGGCAACAUGACCAGCAGUGACAUCCUCCUGUGCUACACCACGGCCGGCUGGAUGAUGUGGAACUGGAUGGUGUCCAUUCUGGCCACAGGAGCGGCCAUAGUCUUGUACGAUGGCUCCCCCCUGGUGCCCACGCCCAACGUGCUCUGGGACCUGGUUGACAGGAUAGGCAUCACUGUCCUGGUAACCGGGGCCAAGUGGCUGUCGGUGCUGGAAGAGAAGGCCAUGAAGCCGGUGGAAACCCACAGUCUCCAGAUGCUCCAUACGAUCCUGUCCACUGGCUCCCCACUGAAAGCCCAGAGCUACGAGUAUGUCUACAGGUGCGUCAAGAGCAGCAUCCUCCUGGGCUCCAUCUCAGGAGGCACCGACAUCAUCUCCUGCUUCAUGGGCCACAAUUUUUCUCUUCCUGUGUAUAAAGGGGAGAUUCAGGCCCGGAACCUGGGCAUGGCCGUGGAGGCGUGGAACGAGGAAGGAAAGGCGGUCUGGGGAGAGAGCGGCGAGCUGGUGUGUACUAAGCCGAUCCCUUGCCAGCCCACACACUUCUGGAACGAUGAGAACGGCAACAAGUACAGGAAGGCGUAUUUCUCCAAAUUCCCAGGUAUCUGGGCUCAUGGAGACUACUGCAGAAUCAACCCCAAGACCGGGGGCAUCAUCAUGCUUGGCCGGAGUGACGGCACACUCAACCCCAAUGGGGUGCGGUUCGGCAGCUCGGAAAUCUAUAACAUUGUGGAAUCCUUCGAGGAGGUGGAGGACAGCCUGUGUGUCCCCCAGUACAACAAGUACAGGGAGGAGAGGGUGGUCCUCUUCCUGAAGAUGGCCUCCGGGCACGCCUUCCAGCCUGACUUGGUGAAGAGGAUCCGCGACGCCAUCCGCGUGGGCUUGUCUGCGCGACACGUGCCCAGCCUCAUCCUGGAAACCAAGGGCAUCCCGUAUACGCUCAAUGGCAAGAAAGUGGAAGUUGCUGUCAAACAGAUCAUCGCUGGAAAAGCCGUGGAGCAAGGAGGUGCCUUCUCGAACCCCGAGACCCUGGAUCUGUACCGGGACAUCCCUGAGCUGCAGGGCUUCUGAGUCAGACUGGCUGGCGUGUCACUCAGCCACACCCGUGUGCACUGUAACUUUUGUGUGCUCAAGAAAUUAUAUAGAAACCUACAGCUGUUGUAAAAGGAUGUUCGCACCAAGUGUUCUGUAGGCUUGGGGAGGGAUCGUUUCUCUGUUUUGUCGUUAAAUCUGGUGGGUACCUGGGUCUUCCACACACUGGAGCGGGAUUCUGGCCUUCAGAGACCAGGAGGGAGUGUCUGGGCCGCACGUGUGGCACUGUGGUGAGAGUGUGUGUCUUUGCACACACAGUGCAGUGGGAACGGUGGGGCUGGCUGGUGCUGAAGACAGACACACUCCUGAGCCAAGGUCUUGUGUUCAACCUCCCCCUCCCGUCGUCCCAUUUUGCUCUGUGAAGGUGUAAAUCCCUUUCUUCCCUUCCCGUCUCAGGCUCUCCUGUUUUCCCUCAGGGUCCAGUAUGCCUUUGAGCUUUAGCUGUUACAAAGGAACCCCCGUGACUUGACGCAGCUUUUCACAGCUGGCUGCUAGGACCGGCAGGCUGGGUGCUCACGUGUGUCUGUGUCAUGGAUGGAAUGCAGGCCCUGGCGGGCUGUGCGUCACCUGUCAACCCGAGCGCGCCUCCGGGCCAGCUUCCCUCCAAGGAACGAGUGGAUUUCAUACAGGAUCUCUUUAGUGCACAGACUUUGAAUGGCUUUACAUGUUUCUAAUGUGAAUUAGGUGUGUGAAGCAGUGGGUGUCCACCCGUGUCCCUCAUGGGUGAGCCCUCCAGCUGUGAGCCCAGGCAGCGUGGUCACCGAGGGUCCUCACCAGGAACUGCAUCCCUGUGCUGCCUCCACCUGAGAGUUGCUAGGGGGUUCCUGUCGAGAUCAUGUCAUCAGCACCCCUAAGUCACGGGUUUCCAUAGCCAGGCAGUUGGUAUGUACCAUUCAGUUCAGCGUAUGAACUUGUAUCUGUAAUCUGAUGUUCAUUUUUAUAUUUUUUGAAACUGAGCACAAUGAAAUCCUUUCUUGCAUCAUUUUCCUUUUGGAUUAUAAAAAUAUGGGGGAAAGUGCUAUGAGGAAUUUUAUGCAAUAAAUUUAUACGUGUGUGCACAUGAACCCAUGCUGUG